AUGUCGCCCAAGCCCAAGACGGACUCGCUCUUCCGCUGGAUCGAGGAGCGCGAGCGCGAGCAGCUCGAGGCCACCAACUCCUCGUGGAGCCGCGUGCUCGACGCCGGCACUGGCCGCCACUCGCUCACGUGGCUGCUACGUGGCGAUGCGUCGUCGCUCAUUUCGGAGGUCGUGGCAGUCACGGGGGAGAAGCCUCUCGCCAUUGAACUCUCGACCGCAUUCGCCCCCAGCGCCACGCCACACGCCACCCCAUUGAAGGUCCAUGCCGGCAACUGGCAGAAUGCCAAGUUCCUCGCCAACGAGAAGCCGUUCGACGUCAUUAUCGCCGACUAUCUUGUUGGCGCCAUUGAGGGCUUUGCGCCGUACUACCAAGACCAGAUCUGUGCUCGCCUGGAGAAGAUGCUGGCUCCUGGAGGACGGAUCUACCUGGUGGGGCUGCAGCCUUUGAGCGAGUCCCAAACUCCGGCUGGUGCCCCUGGCGCCGAUGAAGAAGCUGGCAAACUUAUUCAGGAGGUAGCACGCACUCGCGACGCGUGUCUGCUGCUCGCUGGUCGACGCUGCUACCGCGAGUAUCCAAUUGACUGGUCGCACCGCCAGCUGGAGAAAGCGGGUCUGGAGGUCACGAACAGCGUGCGGCUGGCCAAUGUAUACGGUCGGUCAGCGGUUACCCGCCAGUUGGAGGUUGGCAGACGCCAUGUGCCGAUGUUCCAAGACAGCGAACUCGCUGAAUCCAUGCAGCAAGCUCUCGACCGUGUGGACGAACGGCUCGAAGAGGUGUUCGGCCCUGGCGGACUGCCCAAGGACGAGCAACGCAGGAUACGCUUCGGAUUUGACUACGUGCUCGCCGCGCGCAAACCCAUCAAGGCUCAAGAUGGACAUGCUGAGGGUGGAGUGGCUAACUGA